AGGAAGGAAGAAGAGCAGGCAAUGGAGAAAAGGAAGAAACAGGAGGAAGAAGAGGAUUUGCUGGAGGAACCGGAAGGUGGAAGAAGAGGAGGACAUGCAGCAGGACAAGGAGGAAGAAGAGAAGUGUACUCCAUCAGUGACACGCUGAGCUGGGAGACGGGGAGGUCGCAUGUCGAGCCAGGAGGAGCAAAUACCACUGUGGUGCUUUUCCAUUCUGAAUAACAGAACAUUUAUUCUCUUGUAAAUUACCCAAUGGAUAUGAUGUCAUGAUUUCAUGGAUGCUAUUAGGGCAUCUUUUAUUUUAAUCACAGUUUGAAGAUUCUAUUGGAGGAUGCAGAAAAGUAUUUGUCCUUGAUAAGUUUCUAUAAAGUUUUAGCAGGAGAACCAGAUUUAUGGGUGCAUUCUGUUGCUGUCUAUGUCCAGAGGACUUUGAAGAACAUGCCUACUCAAGCAAUUCCAUAUAUCGGCACUGCAUAUGCUUAAGAUAUUUCUUUCAUCGGCUCCUGGAUGGGUAUGGUGCAACAUUUCAAAGACUUGAUGGACGCUCGGUACCAUCCCAGAUUCAGAUAACAACUCCAUCGUCGUUGUCGACAGCAACUGGAAAUGCUCCUGAUAAUUCAGCAUGUGAGACUUACCACGUUGUGCCUUUACCUCAACCAUAUGAUGCAGAUCCUAGGUAUUCCCGCUUACAGCGUGAAGGAUUGGUCUCGAGACGUGAGAAGUCUAUGAACCACACACAAGAAGAGCUGCACACUCUUAGAAGAAAUGGUAGCAGUUCUGCUGUCGAAACCUUGGGUGCCAUUAAAAAGCGAAACAUUGCAGAAUCUGAAGAAGGAUUUAAACUUACCCAUCCUGAAUCUGAGAAAUAUCUGUCUGCAAAAGCAUGUGAUACAAGUUUUGUUAUUACAACCUCAGAAGAUGAAGAUGUCUGCCCUACAUGUCUGGAGGAGUAUACUCCAGAAAAUCCAAAAAUUGUGGCAAAUUGUUCUCAUCAUUUUCAUCUGAGCUGUAUAUAUGAAUGGAUGGAAAGAAGUGACACUUGUCCAGUAUGUGGCAAGGAGAUGGAAUUUUGUGAGAGCCCGUGAUAAAGACAGUAUAUAUAUUCUGGAGCAUGCAAUACUGGACAAUGUUUCUAAAUAAAUUUUAUGUCACCACUGUAAGAACUAUCAACAAAAUGAGCGCUGUAUCUACCCUGAAAGUGUUUGAAAUUAAAAGAUCGUGUAGCUCAAAAAUAACAAAGUGUUUUAUGAUUUUGUUUUCUAUUUUGCUGUUUUGCAUGAUGAAUUGAGUUAGAGACUUCUGCAAUA